AUGGCGUCGAAAGCAUCCGGGGUGUGGAAAAAGCCCAUCAACCUACCGACUAAGAACAAAGAUGACUCAAGCUUCCCGGGACUCAGAACCCCGGAGGCUGGCACCAAAAUUGAAUAUGAAGAGCUCCAGCAGAACGAAGUCUUCGCCCUGGAAGCCAUUUAUGGGGAGGAUUUCGUGAGGCAUGCAGAGACGCAGAGUGCUUGGAAGAAAUCGGAGCCUGGAUUUGACAUUUGUAUCCGGGCCCCAUCCGAUGAAGACUUCGCCCUCACGUUGGGCGUCGUCAUGACGGCUACGUAUCCCAAGAGUCCGCCUCUGUUGACUCUGAAAGAUACUGGCGACCUCCGUGAGGUCGUGCUGUUCAAACUCCAGAAGUAUAUCGAGAUCCAGCCAAAGGUCUUCGCCGCUGAGGAGCAAGAGAUGGUGGAUCGUAUCGUGGAAGGACUUAGAGAGAUUCUGGAAGACGCUGCUCAAGCCAAGGCGAAAGGUCGUGAGCUACCCUCGCUUGAAGAGGAGCGAGCAGCUCACGAAGCCUUGCUGGUGAAGUUGGAGCAGGAGCAAAAGGAAGAGGAGGAGAGGAAGAAGGCGGAAGAGAGCAAGGAAGAGGAGAGAGCUCUUGGUGCCUUGUUGCAGGUUGAGGUGGAGCGCAAAAGAAGAAUGGCCAAGGAGUCGCGCAAGCAAAAGCGAACCACCGAGCUCACCACCGUGGGGGGAGUGAGCGGCACCGAGUGCAUCGUCUUCGAUCGCCCCUGUCACACCACAGACAAGACUGGAAAUAUCAUUUCAUUCCAGGCUGUUUUUGGAAAGUCUGAAGUCGCAAAAGGUCCCAUUUCAACCGUCUUUUCCGUUUGGCCUGUGGUCCCCAGCGGACAGGACUGCCCCAAUCUGGCUCUGAAGGAGACGGCCCUACGAGCUACUGCCAAGGACGUCGCCGUUUUCAAGAAGCAGAUUCAAUUUCUCGAGAACCAACUUGAAGAACUCAAGAAGGCUCGCCACCGAAAUGUCCUUGAGAUUCUGGAUUUCAGGGUAGAGCAGGGAAAGAGUAGCGCCGAGAAAGCCUCGUCAAGCCUGACGACUGUCAGCAUUCUCACGCCUAGCGCUGAAAAGGGAUCUCUUGCUGAGCUGCUAGAUCUUGCUGACCGACUGGAUACUAGCAAGGUUCGUGCGUGGACGAGAGAUCUUUUGGAUGCCAUGACCUACCUUCACAACAACUCGCUAGUCCAUCAAGACAUACAUCCCGGAAACAUUCUACUUUUCAGGGAGCAGACGGGCGAAGUGGUUCCAAAACUCGCAGAUGCAGUAUAUCAGAGAGAGCUGCACAAUAUCUCGUCCAAGGGACAAGCAACCCCUGGACUCAGCUCCGCAAAGUCUGCAUACUGGCUUCCGCCCGAGACCGCUGCUUUAUCAAAGCCUCAUUACACUGCGAAGACGGACAUUUGGGACUUCGGUGUCGUCUUCCUGCAGAUGAUAUUCGGACUUGACGUGCCUCAGAAGUAUCGUUCGCCAUCUGAGGUGUCAGACUCCAUGAACCUCUCAAAGCCGUUGCAGGAGUUGGUCACGAGGUUCUUCAAGCCAGACCCCAAGAAACGGCCGCGUGCUUUCGAGCUUGGCUCAAGCGAGUUCCUUGCCACCGACGCACCGGUCGUAGUAGAGGACAACAACUCCGCCAUCAUGACGAGCUACGAUUCCCCAAGCACAUCACUGAUCAUCCCGCCGAGGCUCAGACGUGAGUCAACGAACCGAGGCAUUACGUCCUCGAGGUAUCGAGAAGACUUUGAUGAAGAGGGACGUCUCGGCAAGGGAGGAUUCGGCGAAGUUGUCAAGGCGCGAAAGAAACUCGAUGGACAAAUCUAUGCCAUCAAGAAGAUUAGCCAACGGUCGCAGGCAAGUCUGACGGAGAUUUUGAAAGAGGUCCGCCUUCUGUCGCAGCUCAGUCAUCCAGCGGUGGUCCGUUAUUACAACACAUGGGUCGAAGAAAUCAUGGACCAAUCGGACACUGAAGGCGACACUUCCACUGAAGAUAUGACCGAGGACUCGAGAGAUACGAUCUCUCAGAACCCGGCCAUUCACUUUGCCACGAGCACGGGAGGUUUGGACUUUAUGUCGUCGAGCCAUCCGCAAAUCGAGUUCGGCUAUGACGAUUCCGAAGAGGAUGAUUCAGAGGAUGACGAUGAGGACGAGGACGAUUCAGAGGAAGACAGCGACUCUGACGACGAAGACAGCCGUCGAGCUAUCGGGCACGUUCACAGGCAAGCAAGAGCUCGCUCGCAACGCCCAUUCAGAACCGUUCUGUACAUUUCCAUGGAAUACUGCGAGAAGCGGACGCUUCGUGACUUGAUCACGCGAAAGCUGUACCAAAACACCCCUGAAAUAUGGCGCUUAUUUCGACAGGUCCUCGAGGGGCUUGCUCAUAUUCAUGGCCUCAGUAUUGUGCAUCGAGACCUGAAACCGGAAAACAUCUUCAUUGCGCACAGCAGUGAUGGUACUGAUAACGUCAAAAUCGGUGAUUUUGGUCUGGCUACCAGUGGCCAAUUCGCUGUGGAUAAGAGCCUUCCAAACACGAUGGAAGCGGACGACAUCACCAGAAGUAUCGGGACAACAUUUUAUGCAGCGCCCGAAGUACGAUCUGCGUCGCAUGGGAUGUACAGCUCCAAAGUCGAUAUGUACUCACUUGGCAUCAUCUUCUUCGAGAUGUGCUAUCCCCCUAUGUUGGGAAUGCAACGAGCUAUCGUUCUCGAACAGCUCCGACGAUCGCCUCCCAUGCUUCCGUCUGAUUUCAGACCAGCCGAACGAGUGCAGACAGAAAUCAUCACGUCUCUGUUGACCCACAAUCCGAAGGAGCGGCCGUCGAGUGCAGAGUUGCUGCAAAGCGGGAAGCUGCCCGUUCAGAUGGAGAGCGAGACGAUUAGACGAACAUUGGCUGGCCUCGCAGACCCCAGCUCGCCCUACUACCGUAAAAUGCUGUCGACUUUGUUCUCACGGCCGGUCGAACAAGCCAAAGACUAUGCCUGGGAUAUGAACGUAACAACUCCAAAUGAGGCAGAUUUGGUGAAUCAGAGCACCGUGAAGGAAGCCUUGAUAUCCAUCUUUCGCCGGCAUGGAGCGCUGGAGUGCCAACGAAACUUUCUAUAUCCUCGCUCUUCUCAUUAUGCCGACAGCAAUGCCGUCAGACUCUUGGAUACGAAUGGAACGGUGCUGCAGCUACCGUUCGACCUCACGAUGGGCCACGCAAGGAUGUUAGCGAAGGCCAGUGGACACGCCGCUGUCCAGAGGACUUUCACGUUUGGAAAUAUCUUCCGUGAUCGAAACGACAGUGGGCAGCCUGGAAUGUUCGGUGAAGUCGACUUUGACAUUGUAACGACUGAUACCCUGGACUUGGCCCUCAAGGAAGCAGAAGUGUUGAAGGUUUUGGACGAGAUUAUCGCCACGUUCCCGUCAAUGUCGACGACCCAAAUGUGCUUCCAUCUCGGACACUCGGAUCUCUUACAGCUUAUUUUCGAUCAUUGCCGCAUCGAGCCGGUGUCGCGAAGAGCAGCGGCAGACAUUCUCAGCAACCUCAACAUCCACGGUGAAUCUUGGCAAAAGAUCAGAGCCGCCUUGCGACAACCGGUUGUCGGCUUAUCAGCUACAAGUGUCGAUGAGCUCCAGCGCUUUGAUUUCCGAGAUACACCCUCUAAGGCCUUUUCGAAGUUGAAGUCCAUCUUCGAAGGAACUGACAUGUACCGACGAGCAUCGUCAACUCUGGCCCACUUGAAGGAGGUAUCGGAAUACGCCAAGCGUCUCGGAGUUGCCAGCAAGAUCUACAUCACCCCUCUGAACAGUCUGAAGGAAAGCUUUUACACCGGUGGAAUCUUGUUCUCUUGCCUAUAUGACAAGAAAGUCAAAGACGUAUUCGCCGCCGGCGGCCGGUACGAUAGUCUGAUCAGAGAAAAUCGCCCAAGGAUAGGCAGUCAUUAUGAGGAACGCCAUGCCGUGGGCUUUAACCUGUCUUGGGAGAGACUCUCUCGGGUCCCCAAAACCACUGGCAGGGCAUUUCUCAAGAAAUCCGAAGAAGAUGCUAACAGCAUCUUCCAGAACACCCGAAGAUGCGAUGCCCUUGUCGCCAGUUUCGAUGCUGCCGUCCUGCGAUCUACAGGUAUAGAAAUCUUGCAGGCACUCUGGGCGCACAAUAUCAGCGCCGAGCUGGCUAAGGACUCGAGAUCGCCAGAAGAACUGCUCGCCCGAAACCGCGACGAAGGCUAUUGCUGGAUCAUAGUCAUCAAGCAGGAUGCGAUAGUCAAGGUCAAGACGAUGGACAAGAAGGACGCGCCGGACGUCGACCUGCCCAUCGCGCAGCUCCUCUCGUGGCUGCGGGGCGAGAUCCGCGAGCGCGACUCCAAGGCCGUCGUCAGGAUGAGGGGCACGCAGUCGUCCGAGGCGACUGCCGCGGCCGAGGCGCACCACGAGCAGGAUGUGCGCGUGCUCGUCGCGCAAACACGGAGCAAGAAAUUCAAUCGGCGCACCGUGGUCGAACAGGCGCAGAUCAGCGCGGCCAGCCUGGUGCACUCGUUCCUCGACGGGCCGAUCCUGGCCGUGGAGACGACGGAUCAGGUUAUGGACCUCAUCAGGGAAACGUGCCUGUCGGACGGGGAGAGCUGGAGGAGGGUGGAGCACAGCGUGACGACGGCGGAGAAGAAGUACGUGCGAGAGAUUCACGAGAUGUUGCAGAACUGGCAGCUGGCGUGGGAGAGGAAGAAUGCUAGCCGGCAUUCGUUCCUCUACAACUUCAGGACGGGGAACUGCAUAUACUACGAUCUGGGGGCUUGA